AUGAAGUUACUCACUGCUAAUUUUCUGACUUGUGCUGUCAAAGGCUGCAAAGCAGCCGCGUCGUCCUAUCCACUGCAUUUCAAGGAUGCUGAACUCGAACUGCAAGAGGUCGACUUUCAGCCGGAAUUCAUACACAAUAUUAUUCCACGAAUUGAUUGGGAAGCUCUACGCGUAAUGGCCAAUGAGCUGGGCUUCCCUAAGAUCCCUGAUUCGAAGCCUGAAGGCGAUGCACUCAAUGAUGAGCAGACAAUGAGAGAUCUUCACAGACUCCUAUUAGAGACGCAUGUUGUGGAAGGGAGACUAUGCUGUGGCAACUGCGGUCAUGAGUAUGUGAUCAAGGAAGGAAUUGCUAAUUUCCUUCUGCCCAGCCAUCUGGGUAAGACAAAAAAUCCAUCGUGGAAAUCGGGUCUAUGCUGA